GGCAGAUGGGUCAUAGAACAAAUUACAAUGCGCACCUGACUGCUCCACAGGCCUGCAAGAAACCCUUCAAAGUAUCUGAAAUGUUAUUUCCUGAUCUUUGGACAGAAUAACCCACAGAUUUACCGCAACAGUGGGACACCCUUUCCUUCUGCGGAACCACAUUCUCCACGGGCGGUGCCAAGGCGCCAAAGUCAGAGACCACACUAGAAAAGGUGACCCUGUCAACUGCAGGCGCGGACGUGUUUCCAGAUGUGUGCGUGCCAUUUGUAAGGAAGAGAAGUGCGCUUCAUCACGUGAAUCUGAAGCUCCUGCUACUUCAGACUCUUAAAAACUCCUCCAACACUUGAAAAUCAGGCCUAUUUCUAAACCGGCGUGAUUACAUGAAAACUAGUGACCUUGCCCUUCCUUUCAUGGCUCACGCCACAAAAAUUAAUUAUCAGUCCCGUUCUGCUUCGUUAGUCUACGUGACCCAAAGCCACACCCGGGUGCCCCCGAGGCCUCGUGCUGCACGGCUUUUCUGUAAGGUCGAGCUCCUGAAAUUCAAUUUGUCAAGAUGAAGUUGUUGUUGCCAGUCACCCUUUUUAUCUUAAUUUCUUUGUGGGUGGAAGAAGCCUAUUCUAAGGAAAAGUCUUCAAAGAAAGGGAAGGGGAAAAAGAAGCAGCACCUGUGCCCCUCCCAGCAGUCGCCGGAGGACCUUGACCGGGUACCACGCAACUCCACCAGCGAUAUCCUCAACAGGAUGUUGGUCAGUUACGACCCCCGGAUAAGACCGAAUUUCAAAGGUGUUCCUGUUGAUGUAGUAGUCAACAUCUUUAUUAAUAGCUUUGGGUCCAUUCAAGAAACCACCAUGGACUACAGAGUGAACAUCUUCCUGAGGCAGAAAUGGAACGACCCCCGGCUGAAGCUCCCCAGUGACUUCCGGGGCUCAGACGCACUCACGGUGGACCCCACGAUGUACAAGUGCUUGUGGAAACCUGAUUUGUUCUUUGCAAAUGAAAAAAGUGCCAAUUUUCAUGACGUGACCCAGGAGAACAUCCUUCUCUUCAUUUUUCGGGAUGGAGACGUCCUUGUCAGCAUGAGGUUGUCCAUCACUCUCUCCUGCCCGCUGGACCUGACUCUGUUUCCCAUGGACACGCAGCGCUGCAAGAUGCAGCUGGAGAGCUUUGGUUACACAACUGAUGAUUUGCGAUUUAUCUGGCAGUCAGGAGAUCCUGUUCAGUUGGAAAAAAUUGCCUUGCCUCAGUUUGAUAUUAAAAAGGAGGACAUUGAAUAUGGCAACUGCACCAAAUAUUACAAAGGCACUGGCUACUACACCUGUGUCGAGGUCAUCUUCACGCUGCGGAGGCAGGUCGGGUUCUACAUGAUGGGGGUCUACGCGCCGACGCUGCUCAUCGUGGUGCUGUCGUGGCUGUCCUUCUGGAUCAACCCUGACGCCAGCGCUGCCAGGGUGCCGCUGGGCAUCUUCUCCGUGCUCAGCUUGGCCUCCGAGUGCACCACGCUGGCCGCCGAGCUCCCCAAAGUGUCCUACGUGAAGGCGCUGGACGUCUGGCUCAUCGCCUGUCUCCUCUUCGGGUUCGCCUCCCUGGUGGAGUACGCGGUCGUCCAGGUGAUGCUGAACAACCCCAAAAGGGUGGAAGCGGAAAAGGCCAGGAUUGCCAAGGCCGAGCAAGCCGAGGGCAAAGGCGGGAAUGCGGCCAAGAAGAACACCGUGAACGGGACCGGGACGCCCGUGCACAUCAGCACGCUGCAGGUUGGUGAGACCAGAUGUAAAAAAGUCUGCACUUCUAAGUCCGAUCUGAGAUCUAAUGACUUCAGCAUUGUUGGAAGCUUACCAAGAGAUUUUGAGCUGUCCAACUAUGACUGCUAUGGAAAACCCAUUGAAGUCAACAACGGCCUUGGAAAGUCCCAAGCAAAGAACAGCAAGAAGCCUCCGCCCGCCAAGCCUGUCAUCCCAACAGCAGCCAAGCGAAUUGAUCUUUAUGCCAGAGCGCUGUUUCCUUUUUGCUUCUUGUUCUUCAACGUUAUAUAUUGGUCUAUAUAUUUGUGAUUGCCCUGUUCCAUUUGUACAAAAUAAAAUCUCAUUUCGGUGUGACCAACCUCAUUCAUAAUUGCCAAUCUGUGAAAACUUUUGCAUUUUCAUAGCAAUAUAUUGCAUUUUGGAUGCCAGUUGCUUAUACUACAAUGUGGCACCUUACUUUGGAAGGCAGCAUGAGCCUUUAAUGUGUGUGCUGUAGUAAUGAUGUACAUAUGUAUAGCAAGCAUAUUGCUUUAAGAAUAAAUAAUGAGCAUACUACGUAAUAUAAAUUAAAACAGUUCUCUUCCAUUAGUGUAAACUGCAAUUACCUCUGAUUAUUCUGCUAAUGAAGUAUUGUGCACGCCGAUUCCUGCUGCAGUCACCUGUCUAAUGUAUUAGUAGUGUGUGGAGCUCCUUCUUUGUAAGCUUCAGAAGAGACACCUUAUUCUUGUAUUAUUUUACAUGGAAUUAUCAAAGAUGAAGCAGAGUCUAUUCAUAGUGCUUAAACUUUGUAAGUAGAAAUAUAUCAGUAAGAAAUUAUGCGGGUUCUGUGGAGAAGUAAAGUCCAGAAAAUUAUUCAUUUGUAAACUCAAAUCGUUAUAUCUCAGUUGUCAAAAUGCCAGCUAAUGAAACACAGUAUGCAUUUUUGAAGCAGAGGGAAAUGUGGACUUCUAUAAAUGCCUACUAAAUUCUGGCUUUGAUAAUACAAAAUUAAAUAAGAUAGAUGCAUCAUUUAAACAGGAUCAAAACCUUAUUGAAUCCACCUUGAAACUUAAGUGUAUUUUUGUGGAUUUCAUUUGUUGGUACAGACUACAAAAAAGCAUUGUGCCUUAAAAAGUUACACAAAUUUUAAAUUGGAAUGUGUUAGUAGAUAUGUUACUUCAGAGCAUUUUAAGGAACCAAGAGGAAAUAAAUCUUAUAUUACUAGAUGUAAUGAAUUGGAAAGAAUAUCCAGUAUCAUUAAAAUUUUAACUUUUCAUUUCACUAAAAUGUUUAUGUGUAUUUAAGAAAAAUU